AUGCUUCACGAGAUCAUCCUCUCCCUCUCCGGCCAAAUAUCUCCCCUUUUCAGCUCGCAAGGGAAAGAUACCCUUACUCAAGAUGACUUUACCCUUCUCUCUCCACCGGAAAAAGCCCUCCUUGGAUCUGUUGCCCAUCUAAGCCAGCUUCAUGCGCAGCUGCGCGCCCACACCUCCCAAAUAUCCUCCUCACAUUCAUCGGUGAUAUGCCGCUCCGUCUCGACAGCCAUAGUCACAACUCAUCUAGGAAGAUUUCAGAAAAAAAUCCUCGAGGUGGAGAAGGCCAUUCUUGCCAAAGACAACUUGUAUGUUGGUGGCUAUGGCAUCGUUCCACUGUCCACUAUCGUCGGUGAAUUUUCACCCUGGACUCGCCGUUUAGAGUGGCUCUGGGAUGUGGCAAAAUACAUACAACCAGAAAUUAAUGACCCAGGGCGCCCAGGUGGUUGCUCAGGCGCAAAUCUCAUCAACUAUCUUCGAGUGGAACUGCAAACGGGAUACACAGAUAUUAAGGAGAUUGCAACACAAUUAGUGGCUACGGCAGAAACAGCCUGGAUGAAACAGCUGUCUAUGUGGCUUCUGUACGGGAAUCUUCCAAUGUACGGGAAAUGUGAUUUCUUCGUCCAAGAAGAUCUCGAAAGUGAGGACGACGAUACCCAGUUCGGUAUGCGCAUGGACCUACUUCCAAAGUUUGUCUCUGCACACACAGCAGGAUCCAUUCUAUUCAUAGGAAAAUCGCUUAAUCACAUCCGCGCAAAACGAAAGAUCUCUAAGGGAAUAUCAACUGCGCCGGUGACUUUGUAUAAGGAGCACAUUGAACAACUAGCCGGGUUGAAGUCACCUAUGUCGUCCUCUAGACUCACCACGGCUGUGGACUGGAUUAGACUAUCACUAUCUCAGUCGACCCUAUCAAAACUGCUCCCUUUGCCCAAGAUCCUUGAGAUGCUUACGUUGCUCCACGAUUUCCUUCUACUAGGCCGAGGCGAAUUUGCCGUAGCACUAGUGCUGCAUGCUGAUGCUUGCAUUGAGGAGAGUCGCCAACGUAUGCAAGGGUCCCGAAAUCGGGUCUCCGGGGGACUUGAUGGAAUUCUCAUCAAGGAAGGAGAUGUCAAUGCCUCCUUAUCACACGCAUGGACAGAACUCGUCUCUCUACAAAAAGAAGAGGAUCCAGCCGACGAGGAGAUGGAGCUAGCCAGAGAGCUACUUCGGCUGUCAAUCAGCGAUACAAAACUUGCUCGUGCGGCAACCCCAUUCGGCGGCCGUAGUGGAUUACCUGAGAUAUCGACCGUCUCAUUUGAAGACUUGUUGUUUCCGACACCAACCUGCCUGACUGCGCAAGUUAGAGCUCCUUUGGACCUUUUUCUUUCAAGCUCUGAUUUAAAAACUUAUUCGAAGAUCCAUUCAUAUCUGCUGGGAGUUCGACGAGCACAGAUGCGGCUUGGAGAUCUAUGGAAACGGACCUCAUUGCGGAGAAAUCACCCCACUCCAUGGGGACCACCGCGAAGCAACAGUCAGUUUGGCCAGAAUAGAUUGAGGGCGACACGAGAAAGAGACAACGCUCGCGUCAAACAGAUGCGUCCCAUCUGGGCAACCGGCAGUGCUUGCUUAUUUGUUCUCUCCCAGAUUGGUGGAUUUUUCCAAGGCGAAGUCGUAAACGAGUCAUGGCAACACCUCCGUGAGUGGAUUCAAGGAAGUCCAGAACCGACUGCAUCGGUAUCUAGCUCCCGACCGGGCACCGCCUCUUCAUUGAAGCCGCAAAAUAACUCACAGGACUACUUGGAUCAUGAGUCUAGUCAACCGUUAUCCCAAGCUGGUCCCUCUACCAUGGGUCGGCAUGACCCUGAAGCUUUAACGGUAGCUCAUCAACGCCAUCUAUCCACCUUGGUUCACUCAUUAUUUUUGACCGAUGUACCCUUUACUAGCGCGCUUCGGGCCCUACUCACAAGCGUUGAUAGUUUUGUGGCAUUAGCAAUUCGACUUGAGGCGAUCCAGCGGAACAUGGACCUCGAGACAGAUGAGGGCGUUGUGGACGCUCUGGUAGACUACGCCCAGGAAGAGCUAGCAGUCUGGCAAGAGCUACGUGCUAUUCGCGACGAUGUCCAGAUGGGGAUCAAGGACCUUGUUGCGAGCUUGCGUGACAUUGAUGAUCACCGCGGGCUUGGCCUGACAGCUCAUUCCAACCAAAUGUGGACGGGAGCACGACCUUAUGCUGGUACAGGAUCAGAGUCUGGGUUCAGACACUAUGUGCCGCGCCAGACAGCGGGAGUAGACCGACUGCUGAUGAAACUAGACUUUGGAAGCUUGCGAAACUAG